AUGAACGACGCCGAGUUCGAGCGCACCGUCGAGGACCUCUACGGCCAGCCCGGCGGCGCGCACAAGCCCGACGCCGACGACGGCACGACGCACGACAUCGAGCUCCGCGAGACCCGCUCCGGGCUCACCGGCACGACCGCCGCGCAGCCCGGCCCACGCGCGUCGAUGGAGGCCCCGCGCCGCUCGCGCGAGCGGGACCUGAGUGGGACGGGCCUGCCCGGCGAGGGCCGCCCGCGCACGUCGCAGGAGCCCCGCCCGGGAGAUGAGACCGACGAACAGAGGGAGCGGCGGCUGCGGGCCGCGAGCCGCGGCGCGAAGGACCGCACGCGCGAGUGGCUCGCGCACCAGGACAGCGAGGGGUCGUCGGUCGGGCCCCCGCCCGACCCGGACGCGCUGCCGAUGCCGGUCCCGCGGCCGCAGCCAGCGAUGCCGCCGCCGGAGCAGAGCUCGAGGAAGAGCGCGACGCUGAGCGCGCACUCGGGCGGGCUCGAGCGCGACGCGAGCCGGCGGAGCCAGUGGGACGCGGAGGAGGCCCCGCCGGCGCGGACAGGCAUCCCCGCGGCGCUCUUGCCAGGGCCUGGGGGUAUGAAGAGCGUGGGCCCGGCGCAGAUGCGGCUCGACUUUGCGUCUGGGCCAGACACGGCUGCGCGGCCUUCGUCGCCGCCGUCGUAG